CAUUGUUAUUAUUGUUUAUUAUAACGCAAGCGUACCGUCAGUGACGUCGUGCGCCGUAGAUCCGUAGGAAAAACGUUAAAGACGAACGGAGAGUGGCUGCCUUAAAUAUAUGUGUCAAGUAUUUCAGAACAGAUUUCGUUUUUUAAUCUGUUAUCGUUAAGAAUCCGUGACAGCCGGAUUUGUUUCUACAGUUGGUCCGUCUCUGGUACUGCCAGCUAAAGGCACCGGCUAAACCUACUGCUAGCAAGAAAGGUUCCGGUUGCAUCUUUGCCUGUGAUUCGCAGUUAUUAGUUGUUAACGUUAAAAACAACGAAACAAAUGAAGAAAAAGUUGUUGAAUUGUCGGUUAAUUUUGAAACACAACAACAAGCUUCUCUGUGGUCUGAGUUAUGUGUGUGUGUAGAAGGUGAGGGGUUUCCUGACCGCACUGCCAACUACUUUUCACUGGAGGUCCCAACAACGCCCGGUGCCCCUGCGCGCUCUGCUGACGCAACCACGUCGCUGUGGCUCAAUGCGAUGGCGGACCGCAAUGUCCCCAGACCUGCCCAGGGAGGGACGGAGCAAAGUCACUGAGCCACUCUCACCGGCUACACUGACCACCUGUUAAAGAAAGGACCGCAGCCAUUGCUGUCCCUCCCGUGAAAUAGUAUGUGGCGACGGGAUCUAGUCGGAGUGCACUGACCGGGAAGAAGAAGUAGAGUGAAGAGGAGCGGAGUGCGCCGGGCUGACGCGCCGCAUGUUGAGCCAGCAAGUUGACUGAAAUAUCAAAAGUCGCCUCGACGGGGAAGGGGACAGCCGCUCUUGGAUUUAACGGAGGUUUGAGGGGACAGUUGUUCCGGCAAAAUGAAAUUCGCGGAGCAUCUUUCGUCCCACAUCACUCCUGAGUGGAGGAAACAGUAUCUGCAGUAUGAGGCAUUCAAGGAAAUGCUGUACGCUUCCCAGGACCAAGCCCCGUCCGUAGAAGUCACAGAUGAAGACGCUGUGAAGAGAUACUACGCCAAGUUUGAGGAAAGGUUUUUCCAGACGUGUGAGAAGGAGCUUCUGAAAAUCAACACGUUCUAUUCAGAAAAGCUUGCUGAAGCCCAGAGGCGUUCUGCCACGCUGCAGAAUGAGCUGCAGUCUUCACUGGACGCUCAGCGCGAGAGCAACGCUCCGCCCGGCCUGCGGAGACGCAAGACGAUGUUCCACCUGUCGCAGGAGGAGCGCUGCAAACACCACAACAUCAAGGACCUGAAGCUCGCCUUCAGCGAGUUCUACCUCAGCCUCAUCCUGCUCCAGAACUACCAGAACUUGAACUUCACUGGUUUCCGUAAAAUCCUGAAGAAACAUGACAAGAUCCUGGACACUCCUCGCGGCGCCGACUGGCGUGUGGCUCACGUGGAGGUGGCUCCUUUCUACACCUGCAAGAAGAUCACGCAGCUCAUCUCCGAGACCGAGACUAUCGUCACCACAGAGCUGGAGGGAGGAGAUCGUCAGAAGGCCAUGAAGCGGCUGAGAGUUCCUCCGCUGGGGGCAGCUCAGCCUGCUUUGGCUUGGACGACCUUCCGUGUGGGACUCUACUGCGGCUUCUUUAUCAUCCUCGCCAUCGCCUUCGUUCUCUCUGGUGCUGUGUUCAUCCGCCUGGAGAACGUUUGGCCUCUGGUGCGGAUCUAUCGGGGCGGUUUCCUGUUGAUCCAGUUCCUCUUCCUGUUGGGCAUCAACACCUACGGAUGGAGACAAGCCGGAGUCAACCACGUGCUCAUCUUCGAGAUCAACCCCCGAAACAACCUCUCACACCAACACCUGUUCGAGAUUGCUGGUUUCCUGGGUGUGUUGUGGUGUCUCAGCAUCCUCUCCUGUCUCUACUCAGAGUACACCUACAUCCCCAUGCAGAUCAACCCGCUCAUCCUUUACGGCUUCAUGCUGCUCUUCCUGCUCAACCCCUUCAAGACCUGGUACUACAAAUCACGUUUCUGGCUCCUCAAGCUGCUGUUUCGCGUCUUCACGGCUCCGUUUCACCGGGUGGAGUUCGCAGACUUCUGGCUGGCUGAUCAGCUCAACUCUCUGGUGUUUGUCCUCAUGGACCUGGAGUAUCUCAUCUGCUACUACAUCUUCGAGCUGCAGUGGAGCAACAGCAGAGGCCUGCUGCCCAAGUUUCAAGACCCUGAUGGCCACGUGUGCCACAGCUACUCGUACGGCCUGCGCGCCAUCAUCCAGUGUCUGCCCGCCUGGUUCCGCUUCAUCCAAUGCCUGAGGCGUUAUCGUGACACCAAGAGGGCCUUCCCUCACCUGGUGAAUGCUGGGAAAUAUUCCACCACCUUCUUCGUCGUCACCUUCGCCGCGCUCUACGCCACACACAGAGAACAAGGACACACGGACGCCGACACGUUCUUCUACCUGCUGAUCGUCUUCUCCACCAUCAGCUCCCUGUACACUCUGAUCUGGGAUCUGCACAUGGACUGGGGUCUGUUCGACCGCGGCGCCGGAGAAAACACCUUCCUGAGAGAAGAAAUAGUUUAUCCACACAAGGCCUACUACUACUGCGCCAUCAUAGAAGAUGUGAUCCUGCGUUUCGCCUGGACCAUCCAGAUCUCUCUCACCACGACGACCAAGAUCCACUCUGUGGGCGACAUCGUGGCCACCGUGCUGGCUCCCCUCGAGGUCUUCAGGCGCUUCGUGUGGAACUUCUUCCGUCUGGAGAACGAGCACCUGAAUAACUGCGGUGAGUUUCGUGCUGUGAGGGAUAUCUCCGUGGCUCCGCUCAACGCUGACGACCAGACGCUGCUGGAGCAGAUGAUGGACCAGGACGAGGGCGUCCGGAACCGCUCGGGCAAGAAGCCGUGGAAGAGAUCCUACAGCCUGUCGCUGCGGCGCCCCCUGCUGUCCUCCUCACUAUCGAAAAAGGACACAAAGGUGCUAAUCGAAGAUACGGAUGAUGAGGCGUUCAGCUGAGUCCACAACGUCCACAACGUCCACACACACACACACACACACACACACACACACACACACACACACACACACACACUAUACUUAUAAGGACCUCAGCCCUGGCAGUGAUAGAGUAGUGACCCUCAGUGUAAACUGUCCCUGUGAGUAUCUUUGGUCUUUAUAAGUAUAGAAGAACACACUGUACACUCUGAUGCAGAAACACACAUGCUGAAGCACAAACAAAGUGUAAUAGCUACAGGUGACUCAGACAGACGGACGGACAUCAAGGGAAAUCUUCUGCACAUAAGUGGAAACACAGACCACACUGCCCUGGGAUUUUUUAAAGGACUUUUUAUUAGUAUGUUUUGUUUACUUUGAGAUAUUUGUGUUUCUUUGUAUUUCUCUUUUCUGGAUUUAUUGCGGAGACGCUGCAUAGAUGACUGUUUACACGCCUUCUUUUAUAACUACACUAGGAUCCACAGGGAGAAGACGAGCCGAUCAAAAGACUGAAUAUGAAUCAAUAGAAAGCUGAGGAAGGACUCGACACACUCGCAGCAUAUCAAAACAAAUCAACCGGCUUCAGCUCGGUGAUUCUUUUUAUACUCCUUCUUCUUUUCCUUUUUGUUGUAACGAGUACAAUCACAACCUGGAGGCACUUGCAGGAAAAGUGCAUUUAAUACACAAAAACAAAUCCUACUUGGGAUGUUUUGAUUCAAAGUCUCUUUGUAAUAUAUUUAAUACAUUUGUGUAUUCUGUUGUUCAGUACUUCUAAAUGUGUCGUUUGUACUAGUUUGAGCAUCGAUGAUUGUUCGUGUAUUUUAUAAAGUUCUGAAUGUUAUUUCUCCGUUAGAUUUGUGCCACAUUUUUAAUAAGACCUGUGAAUCAUCGUCUUCUCAAAGUGCCCUGUUAGCGUCAGUGUGUGCUUUGCAUUAACUACCAAAGCUUUAUGUUCAUCGAAUGUGUCCAUCAAACCUGCACAACGUGUGUUUUAAAGAUUGUUCUUUUACUAAAGCGCACAUUUGGUUUUAGCAGGUUGGUUCUGUCCUGUUGGAAAUCCCAGUAAUGUGAGUAGAAAUAUGUCGAGUGGGAUGAGGAGCACUCGCUCAAUAUGCCGGCGGUUCACAAACUGGGAGAAGGACCGGGGGGGGGGAGGAAUGUGGAGCGCUUUGAAAAUGUAAUAAAUCUGAUUAAUGGAGGUUUUAAUGACACAAACAAGAGAGCUCUGAUCCAACAGGAUUUAUUCUACAGAUUCUUUACCACAAAGAAUCGCUUUGCUCUGAUUGUUUGGCCGUGCACAGUGAGCCUGUGUCCGCUCAUUCUCUUACUAGUUGUACAAAAAUGAACUUUUCACCUUUCAAAGUGGGUCAGAAACAGUUUGAGAACUCUCGGCAUAUUGGGACUUUAGUGCGUGUUGCCAGAUUGUGUCCAAUCGAGCUGCUUUUCAUUUCAUUGUGCGUGCAACAAAUGUUUUUAUUAUAAUCUCUUAUUGAUAAUUUGGGCUUGCUCUAUAACAGAAACAUUUAUCCUCUUUGGAUUUGGAUUCACACAAUUCUACUUAUCAAACCUCAUCUAACUUCUUAAAGUUUUAUAACUUUGAGGCUCUCGCUGAGUCACAUCUGGCGACACCUUUAAAGCUCUAACAGUAAACAUGUUUCUCCACAUUCAGUUUGUUUGUCUCUAACGCUCAAUGUUGCCUCGUUCAUUUAACCACUUUUUAAAAAGUAUUUGUUGUUGUGAUUUGUUGGAUCAAAUGUAUAAUCUCAGAUAAGGAAAGUUAGAAACAUGCUGUAAAUGUGACUUCCCCUGUCCUCCCCCUCAGCAGCUCACACUCGCAGCCUGUUGGUCAUCUUGUUAAAGUGCUGCUGCUGCUCGCAGAAGAUGGUUUCUCUUCCUGACUGCUCUGCGUCAGCACCUGUCAGGAGAUGAAACCUCUCUGUCUCCGACUUCUGUUUGUCCCGUAGCGGCUGAAAACGUCUGUGUGCAAUGAGCUUAAUGUGAACUAGAAAGCUAGAAACAAUGUAGAAGAUAGGUAGCUCCAUUGACUGUAUACAGGCAUAACACACACACACACACACACACACACACACUACAGCACAUAGUUUUGUAAAAAGGCUGUUGUCUUGCCUGCAUGCUGCUUUACUUUACAUUGUACAUAACUCUUAAUUUAUUUGCCAUGACGUGUAUAUUAGCGAUCAUUGGAGCCACCGUGACGAUGAUUGAGUUCAGACAGAAGCAGUAUCGCAGUAUUUUGUAGGUGAGCGAGAGGAGCUUUGUCUUUUGUUUUUAUCCUGCACUCGUGGAAAUCUGUUGACAAUGUGUUUGUAUAUAAAAAAAAAAAAAUAGAAAAGAAAAGAAAAUCCAGAAGUGGCGAUGUGAUUGGUUGUAUCUUGUCGGUGACAGAUCUCGUGUCCUGAAGCUGUAAAACUGUCUGUACAUUUGUGAAUGUGCAUGAGAACAUAUUGUGGAUCUGAUGUUGUAAAACGCCCGGCGGACAGAGAGGACACGCACCACGACAACAUGCUGUUAAACUGAUCCCAGAAUCUGCCUCUUGACUCUGAAACUGAUCCAGGAUCUUUUAUUUGAAGCAUUUUUCAAGAUGCUUCUGUGAGAAAAAGGUUUUAGUGACCGACGUCUGUUCACAGAUGUUCAGUACGUGUAACCCAGUGACAAAAACUAAAACAGGGUUCUUUUCUACUGUUGUUUUGCCCCCAUGAUGUUAAAGUGCUGUGUGUGUCCCCCCCCCCCCUCCUCUCUCGAUGUUGUUCGUACCCUUUCUCUAAUCUAGCUGGACGUGAUAGUACCUGUAGUUUGCUAGAUGGAUGUUCUACUUUGAUAAAAUACAAAAAAACAAGAUAAUAGAAUAAAUACAUUGUGGCUAAAUGUGAUUUUAAGAGACGUAAAGAAAGAAAAAUAUCUUAGUCUGAACCAUCCUCCUCCCCCGAGUCCCUUUUUCAGAGUAGUUUGUACAUGUGGAGUGUAUAACACCGUUCUAUGAUGGUUUUCCUGAUGGUAUUUGUAUUUCUGUAUACACUUUGGUGAUCCUGUCAUAUCUGGGUUUUAUAAACCACGAUUAUUUUUAAAACUC